UGUUGUUACGGCACCAGCUUGGAAUUUCGUUUUCGCAUUGUGUCGCACAAAGCCGUGUGUCAGUGUCAGUGGCAAUUUUUGUGUGCGUGUGUGGGCUUGUAUGAGUAUGUGCCUGUGUAUUGGCUUGCCUUCUAUGCGCCUGUGAAAAAUCGAAGUUAUUGCAUUACGUUGCGCCAGCUGCCCAGCUGUGUGCGCCCUAUGGGAUUUUGUUUUAUUUAAUGCUAGUUGCUUGUUCGUUGAGGUAAACCCAUAACCAAGUCACGGAUUGCAACCGUACAUAGACAAAUACAUUGAAAUGGCCGAGGAUACCGAAUACAAAAAACUUCCUAUUGAGGAGAGAUGCGUUCACAAGCUGUGGAAGGCGCGUGUCGAUGGUUACGAGGAGGCUGCUAAAAUUUUUCGUGAACUGGACGACGAGAAGUCACCGGAAUGGUCAAAAUAUGCGGGUCUCAUAAAGAAAAUGGUUGUUGACUCCAAUGCUCUUGCCCAGGAGAAGGGCUUGGAGGCAGCUCUCAUAUUUGUAGAAAAUAGCAGCCUUGCUGGUCGCACUGUUGGCGAUGUAAUGUCUGGAAUUGUUCAGAAAUGUAUUGCCGCGCCCAAGACCAAGACCAAGGAACUCGCUGUGCAGGUCACACUUAUGUAUGUGGAGAUCGAAAAGCACGAGGCAGUCGUAGAGGAACUCGUUAAGGGCAUGGACCACAAAAAUCCUAAAAUUGUGGCCGCCUGCGUAGCAGCAACAACACAAGCAAUGCGAGAAUUCGGCUCCAAGGUAAUUGGUGUUAAGCAAUUCAUCAAGAAGUUAGCUCCCCUCAUGGCCGAUCGCGACAAGGCAGUGCGUGAUGAAACCAAACAGCUAGCCGUUGAGAGCUAUCGCUGGAUUGGAGCUGUCAUGAAGACACAUAUUUCUUCUUUGCCACAAGUAACCGUUAAAGAAUUGGAGGACGAGUUCGACAAAUUAAAGGGUGAUCGUGCUGAGCCAACCAGAUACCUUAAAUCGCAACAGGAGAAACAGGCUAAGAUUGCUGACGAAGCCGCAGCCGGCGGCGAGGAUGCGUACGAUGACAAUAUAUCACCUCCCAGCCGAAAAUCAAUCAAGAAAUAUCGUAAGCAAGUACGCAAAGAAAGGUCUAUUUUUUGCUCUCCGAAGUGUGCAUACCGGUCCCUGCUAGAUGAAGAKGGCGAAGCUGGCRCUGAGGAUGUAGAUCCAAUGGAUCUUAUAGAUCCYGUCGACAUAUUGUCUAAAAUGCCUAAAGAUUUUUACGACAAGCUCGACGAGAAGAAAUGGACUUUGCGUAAAGAAUCUUUGGAUGCAUUAGAAAAGCUGCUCACGGAAAAUCCAAAGUUGGAAGCUGGUGAAUAUGGCGCCCUGGUCAGCGCAUUGAAAAAAGUUAUUACUAAGGACUCAAAUGUGGUACUUGUGGCCUUAGCUGGCAAAUGUCUAGCCAUGCUGGCCAAAGGUCUUUCCAAGCGAUUCUCCACUUAUGCAACGGCUUGCGUGCCAGCGCUGCUGGAGAAGUUCAAAGAGAAGAAACCCAAUGUGGUAAACGCACUGCGUGAGGCUAUGGACGCGAUUUAUUCAUCGACAACGCUAGAGGCACAGCAAGAGCACAUCGUAGAAGCGCUGACCAACAAGAAUCCCAGCGUCAAGUCUGAGACUGCAUUGUUCUUGGCACGUGCACUGUGUCGCACCCAGCCGACAGCAUUAAAUAAGAAACUUAUCAAGCUGUUGACCACUUCUUUGGUCAAAACGUUGAACGAAUCCGACCCCACGGUGCGCGACAGCAGUGCUGAGGCACUGGGUACUCUGAUGAAAUUGGUGAGCGAAAAGACACUUGCGCCACUGCUUCUCGAUGUGGAUGCGCUCAAGAUGGUAAAAAUCAAGGAGUGCCACGAUAAGGCCGAGAUUAAAAUUAAAGUAGCCGCACCCAAAAAAGAAGCUCGUCCGGCCACAGCGCCGACCACUAAGGCUGCAGCCGUUGUAUCCAAGCCGACCGGCGGCAGCACAGAGCCCAAGGCAGUUACGCGACCCGCCACAUCAGGUGCUCGAAAGACACUGAAAAAACCAGGAACAGGAGCGACAGGCGGAGCGCCCGCAGCAACGAACAAAACAGCCAGCAGCAAAGCCACAGUUUCAGAACGUGAACUGACGCCUGAAGAAAUACAGGAAAAAGCUGAUGCGCUGCUGUCAGCUGAUAUCUUAAACGGAUUGGUCGACAGCAACUGGAAAACCCGUUUAGCGGCUAUGGAACAGCUACUAUCGCAAAUUCCCAGCUAUGAUGCCCAACAGCCAGGACUAUCUCAAACUUUAGUUCGAACUAUUAGCGGUCGCAAACCUGGGCUCAAGGAGAUGAACUUCCAGGUGCUCAAGCUUAAGUUGGACGCUAUUCGAUGUGUGGCUGAAAACUUUCCACUAACAGCUGUCACGGUAGACCAUGUGGUUAAUGAAAUAACAGAAAAACUGGCUGAUGCAAAGAACGGUGGCGCUGCCUCCGAUGCUUUAAGCGCUUUAUCCGAAGCAACCAAAUUGGAGCAUGUCGUUAGUAAAGUGUUGAGCUUUGCCCUUGACCAAAAGUCACCCAAAGUACAGGCGGAGGCCUUUAACUGGAUUAACAAGGCCAUCGUGGAAUUUGGUUUUAAGGUACAGCCCAAAAUACUCAUCGAAGAUGUGCGUAAGGGUGUACAGAGCACCAAUCCAACAGUUCGCGGAGCCGCUAUCCAGCUGGUGGGCACCAUGACAAUGUACAUGGGCAACGCAGUGAUGCUGUUCUUCGACGGGGAAAAGCCAGCGCUAAAAUCUCAAAUUCAAGCCGAGUUCAAUAAGAAUCUGGGCGAAAAGCCGCCCAGGCCUGUGCGUGGUGUUUCCAGUAGCGCCAAUUUGGAAGAUGCUAAUGACGAUGAUGAGGGCAACGGCAGAGCGUCACCGGAACCCAUGAAUUUGGCCGAUCUGCUGCCACGUGUUGACAUAUCCAGCCAAAUUACCGAAUCGCUGCUAAAGGAAAUGUCCGACAAAGAUUGGAAAACGCGAAAUGAGGGCCUCACCAAGCUGCAGGUAAUCAUUAGUGAAGCCAAGUUGAUUAAGCCAACCAUUGGUGACUUGGCGCCAGCUCUCGCACAUCGUCUCCUCGACUCUAAUGCGAAAAUAGCUCAAACGGCGCUAUCAAUCUGCGAGCAGCUUUCGACAGCGAUGGGAGCCGGUUGUCGGAGUCAUGUGCGCGUCCUUUUUCCUGGCUUUCUACAUGCGCUUGGCGACAAUAAAAGUUUUGUUCGUGCGGCUGGUCUUAACUGUAUGAAUAGUUUUGGUGAACAAGGCGGCUACAAAGAGUUUUUCGAGAACGAAAUGAUUGCCGAUGCCCUUAAAAGUGGUUCGCCGUUGCUGAAGGCUGAGUUAUGGGCAUGGUUGGCUGAAAAGAUGCCACUUCUGCCGCCCAAAUCGAUAUCCAAGGAGGAGCUGACCUCAAUGGUUCCACAUUUGUAUGCCCACAUAUGUGAUCGCAAUGCAGAAGUACGCAAGAACGCAAACGAAGCUGUGCUGGCCGUCAUGAUUCAUCUGGGUUAUGAGGCGAUGGCACGCGCCCUGGACAAACAAAAACCUGCAUCAAAGAAGGACAUCUCGGCUGCCCUAGAGAAAGCUCGACCGAAUUUACCCGUCAAGCCGCUCCCGAAAGGCAAACAGCAAGCGCCCAUACCAGAAGAAACCAAAAAGGUGGUGCGCAGUGGUGGYGGUGGUGCCGCUGCCCAAAAACAAAUUGCAACCAAAGCAGCCAAUGCCGCUGGCGAUAAAGCAACAACGACAGCAGCUUCCCGCAAAAAGGAGGAGGAUGUCGAUACGUCGCCGCUGCUGGCAGUGAACAAUAUGAAAAACCAGCGGCUAAUCGAUGAGCAGAAAAUGCGUGUUCUCAAAUGGACAUUCACUACACCACGUGAAGAGUUUACGGAUCUGCUUCGCGAUCAGAUGACCACAGCCAAUGURAACAAGGCAUUGAUGGCCAACAUGUUUCACGACGACUUUCGUUAUCACUUGAAAGUUAUUGAACAGUUGAGCGAGGACUUGCCAAAUAAUAGGAAAGCGUUGAUUUGCAAUCUUGAUUUAAUUCUCAAGUGGUUAACGUUACGCUUCUAUGAUACGAACCCUUCUGUGCUCAUUAAGGGUCUCGAGUAUCUAGCACAAGUGUUCCAGAUGCUGGUCGAAAUGGAGUAUAUGAUGGCUGAAAAUGAGGGCAGCAGCUUUGUKCCUCAUCUGCUAUUGAAGAUCGGUGACCCAAAGGACGCUGUUCGAAACGGAGUGCGUCGUGUGCUUCGACAAAUAAACCUGUUAUAUCCCUUUACCAAGGUUUUCUCGUAUGUGAUGGAAGGACUUAARUCGAAAAAUGCACGUCAGCGCACCGAAUGCCUUGACGAGUUAACCUUCCUCAUCGAGAACUAUGGACUAGGAAUUUGUCAGCCGUCGCAGCAGGUGGCGCUGAAGGAAAUAGCGCGCCAAAUUUCUGAUCGUGACAAUUCAGUACGCAAUGCGGCGCUUAACUGCAUUGUAAUGGCAUAUUUCCUAGCGGGCGAAAAAAUUUACAAACUGAUUGGUCAGCUCAAUGAGAAGGAUCUCUCAAUGCUUGACGAGCGUAUCAAGCGAGCCAAAAAGACAAGAAAACCAGCUGUACCAGCAGAGAUGCCGCCUGGUCUGAAGCCACCAACGCAGGUAGUGCAGCAAGACAGCAUAGAGAUUGAGGAUGCUGUAGGCAAUGGCUGUGACGAGCUGCCGCCACCCGAAGAGGAGGGCCGCCAGCAGCCAGAGUUUAAUGAGUGUGGUCAAAGCAACAGGUUGGCGGAGCGGAGUGCCACAAGCGCUAAAACCAUCUUACAUUCGCUGCAUCGACAGGCUACAUUUGAUCAAGCACCGUCUGCACAAGUGCAACAGCUGCAACAGCAAUUGCAACUACAUCAGCAGCAGGUUGCACAACAGAGGACAACUGGUCCAUUCGGGUUGGAUCCCCAGGUGAUGGCCGAAAUCGAGAAAGAUUGGGUGCGUGUUGAUCAAAUGGUAUUCAAGGAGCUACCUACAGUGGACAUAUCGCUGCUUUACGAGCCAAUUAAAGUUAUUCCUACACGCGACGGUUUCCAGUAUCCACAGGAGAAAUUCGAUCGACUCAUUGCGCGCUCGCGUCACAUACAACAAAAUUUAACCACAUCGCCGCAGUCGAAUCCCACUAUGUCUAGCGGCAUUUCCCCCUAUCGCAGUCCCCUGCGAAUGCAGCCACACUUAACAAGCCAAACCCAUUUGGAAAGCAAUAUACCCAAUCUGGCCGAAAUGCUGCCCAAGCACGACCCGAAGUUAGUGAAAAUUAUAAAAGCAGUCAGCAGCACGGACACGCUUGAGGCCCGUGCAGCCAUAAAUGAGCUAACUGAGAUUAUUGAGGCUCCCGAAAAACAGGCCGUACUGCGCGAUUACGAGGAAAUAUUUAUACAAAAUGUGCUGGCACAGUUGAAGAAUCUCUCGCAGAUGCCUAUAGCACAGGCUCAGGUUGUGUAUCAACCGCUGCUGUCCAUUUUGUACACUUUCUUCAAUGCUAACAUUCUCGGCAAAACUCUAAGUAUUGCCUGUAUUAAGAAUCUGAUGUCUGCACUGCUCCAUUUGCUGGCUGAUCAAAAACUAAACAGCGGAGAUGAUUGUCAAUACAACAAGGUCAUCAAUGGUAUUUGUCUUAAAGUGCUAGACAAAGUCAACUUUACAAAUAUCUAUUGCGCCUUAAUACGUUUGUUGAGGGAGACCUGCCCCGUAGCAGGUUUGCCCAAAUUCACCGAUUUGCUGAUGAAAUGCAUCUGGCGUAAUAUUAAAAUGCUACCGGAACGAACCAAUGAGCUCAACUAUGAUGCAGUCAUCUURGAAGUUCAUGAAUUUAUGCUGGCACUGCCUAGCACCUGGUGGCAAAAUCGUCCAUCGGAUACGCCGCUGCGCACCGUAAAGACGAUCAUACACAACAUGGCCAAGGUGAAGGGCAACGGCAUAUUACAGCAUCUGAAUCAGAUACCUACACAUUCAGAGUUGCACACGUACUUGAUACGUAUAUUAAAGAAUUUCCAAAAAGAUGGCACAGUGUCGGGUGGUGCUGGUGUUUCGCCGCAGCGUCAACAGUACCAUUCUAAGGAUGUUGAUGGAAAGCGCAUAUCGCAUCAGACCCACGAUACAGUAUCGCAAAUUUUCAAGCUGAUCUCAGACAAGGAUACCAAGCAACAAGGUCUGCAGAAGCUUUAUGACUUUAAGCAGCAAAAUCCUGACAUUGAUCUGAGCACUUUUUUGCAAGGGGCCAGCGUCACUUUUCACAGGUACAUUGAGGAAGGGCUGGCUGAAAUUGAACGCAAUCAGAAUGCGGGCACACAAGCGCCUGAUAAUCGUACAGCUUCUACUCGUUCUUAUCUCACAGAUGUCAACUAUCAGAAUGCAUCGCAUGAUCCGGACUAUUGGAUGGCCCGUUUGCAGAACUUGAUGUCCACGCGUCAAAACGGCGACAAUGGCUCCAAUAUGCUUGACAAUCGGGUAGCCGAUGAGAAUCUUUGCUUGAACUCGAUGAACUCACAGAAAGUGUCAUUAAUCAGACAGGAGAAACCUGAAUUGUCGCCCAAUCGWCUUCARCAUAUACAGGCCAAACUGGCRCAGAUUAAAAAGGAGAAUCACGCCCAAUAAGUGUGAAGGAGAGACCCGUCAUACUCUUUA